AGAAAAAGCUUCUCAUUAUGGCAAACAAAGUGCUAAUUUUGGAUUUCUGGGACAUUGUUGGAGAAAUAAUUAUUUUCCCGUAUGUUGUGGAGAUGGACAGAAAGUCUGUGAGUCUAAUGGAGGAUCGGGGUAACUCGACACAUCCUUUAUUACAUGGAGAGUAUGAAUACCAGGACCCAAAGUCAGAAGAUGAAAUAGUAAAUAUAACUUAUAUAGACAGAAAUGGAGAAAGAAUUGCUGUGAAAGGAAAAGUAGGGGAUAAUGUUAUGUACCUAGCUCACAGAUACGGGGUUGAACUAGAAGGGGCGUGUGAAGCAUCUUUAGCCUGCUCUACAUGUCAUGUUUAUGUACAUGAAGAUUACUCCGAUAAAAUACAAGAACCAAAAGAGGAGGAAGAUGACAUGUUGGAUAUGGCACCUUUCCUGAAAGAAAACUCUAGAUUAGGUUGCCAGAUUACUUUAUCAAAAGAGCUUGACGGAAUAGAAGUAAAAUUACCAGCUGCGACCCGGAACUUUUAUGUGGAUGGUCAUGUACCUCAACCUCACUGAUGUAUACAAUAAAUAAUGAAAUACAGUAUUACCUCUGUAAAUGAUACUUCUUUAAAGGUCCUCCUUAAUACUGAAAAUAUUUUCCUUCCAUUUAGGCAAAUGUAUUAGUAAAUUUACCUUUCCAGAGUACAUAUUCUUAAUGACAACACUAAAUAAAUACCUCAAUUGUUUAUUUAAUUCAUAAAUCAUAAGCAUAUAGUUUCUUUCAAAUUAGACUGGUUUCUUUGUAAAUUAACCUCUGCAGAGCAAAGCCUCUAUGAAGGACACCUCUAAAGAGCAUUAACCUUACCCUGCUAAAAUCUAUAAUGAACUUGUCCAUCUUUCAAUUUGGACAGUACCAUUAACUGUUAAAAGGGGUGUUUAACUGGAUGGAUGUGCAGGCUGAUCUUGGUCUGCACUGGUCACAAAGUAGAAUCAUUGCUGCCUGCAGGCUAAGGAAUAAAGUUCCUAAAGAUCAGAUAUUUUCAUUUGAACUAGACAAAUUUAUAAGUAUUUUAACUUCAGAGCAACAACUUCAGUGUCUAAAACAAUGUCAUACUUUAAGCCAUGUUGUUUACUGAGGUUGUACUGUAAUAAAUAACCUCCAAGAACAAGUUUCCACUUACAUUGUUUUAGUGAUGAUAUUCAUAAAUUGUAAUAUUUUGUUGUGCUACUAUCAAUCCAGUUGUACUGAAUAUCUCUGUGUUUGAUGUAUGAAAUGAUUCAGUUAAGAGCUGAAAAACAACAAAGGAACCAAAAAGCCAGGAACCAGCAUAAUCAAUUUUAGAAUAAUAAUCCAUUAACACAGAAGAAAACUAACUUUUUAUCGUAUAUUUUGGAAGUAUCUCUCACUGCCUUCCUCAAUGAGGGCGUACUAAUUUACACCUUUGACAAUCCAGAAGAAGAGAUCAACAUUCAUAGUUGCAGCAUAAUCAAGUUCUUUUUGCUGAAUAGCUGACAAAGUCUACAAACAUCUAGUGCAAUUUGCGAACAUUAGUCUUCUGAUGGGAACAUAGAUGUUUAUUGAAGAAUGGUCGAAACCAAAGAAAUUUAGGAGAUUUUUGCUACAAUUAUUUUAUUCUUUUGUCAUGCAGGGGCCUAACUAAGGAAUAUAAUAUAUGCCUGUGGUCACAGUCAAAGAUCAAAGAAUUCAGGCCGUUGUCCUUGUGAUAUCCAAAAUGUUUCCAAAGGUUUAGAAACUUUAAAAGAAGCAGUGAAAUAUUAAUAAUUACAAAUUUCUCUAGAUUGCUUCAGUUAACUGUCCAACCUCAAGCAUUCUAUAACUUUUGUUUUGAAUAAUAAGACCUUCGAUUUUCUAAAACUUAAUCGCAUUAGCUAUGUAAUUGUAACUUAUAAAAACUAUUUGCUAUAGUCUGCAAAAAUCAUGUGCUUUAUUUUAAAUGUCAGUGUACAUAAUUAUGAGCUGCGCCAUAAAAAAACCAAAGUACAUGUAGUUGGGUUUGCGACCAGCAUGGAUCCAGACCAGCUUGCACAUCCAUGCAGUCUGGUCAGAAUUCAUGCUGUUCACUUUCAAAGCCUAUGGCAGUUUCAGAAACCAUUAGCGAACAGCAUGGAUCCUGACCAGACUGCACAGAUGAGCAGGCUGGUCUUGAUCCAUGCUGUUCACAAACCCACUAUGUUGGUUUUCUCAUGGCGCGGCUCAUAUAACUUCAUUGUGGCAUUAUUGUGAGUGUAUUUUUGAGGACGUUUUAUUCCUCGAGGUGAAGUGAUAUUCAAAGAUAUAGAUGGCAGGGAUCAGCCUACAAGGCGAUUUGAGCGAUAUCGUCGCUUUAAAGUCGGCCACUUCGCCUAAUUAUCGCCUCCGGGCGAAAUCCAAAUCGCCGAGAUUUUCAGUGAGUUAUUAUCUGUUUACUUAAAGUUGCAAAACUUGAUGCAUAUUCUAGAUUAAAUUAUCGAUAAAUCCAUAGUCAACCCCGCCUACUCGCCUGUCGAACUUCAGCCAAUCGUAGCAUUAAUAUCUAACAGUAGAGUCAAUCAGUAAUAUUGUAAGCCGCCGCCAUUUUGAAAAUCUUCAAUCUCGGCGUGUAAAAAGCUGAUAAACUUAAUGAGAGCAUGAUUUUAUGCAACAGUUGUAUAUUAUUCUUUCAUUUUAUUAAAGAUUACUUCAAAAAUUAUUUCAAUUACCAUAAUUACGGUCAAUUUCUGUAAAUGAACGGCUCGGGUACUGUGGAUAAAAAAUGAUUUCGCGGACGUCAGAACUGCCGUACAAAAUAUUGUAAAAAGAUCGCCAUUAACUACGAGUUUGGUAUUAUUUUCGAAAAAAAUAAUAAAUAAAUAAAUUAAAUGUAUAAAUCUGAACAAGUUGGUGCAAAAGUCGGGCAUUAUUAAAGUACGAGAAUCGAAACAUUAAUGAAAAUUUUCACGCCGUUUUGAUCGUGCACCUGUUAAAUUUACGAAUUUCGGACAUGUAAAUUUCGGAUAAAAAUUUAAAGGCGACUUUUUCAUAGCUAAGUUUAUACUUUAUUUAGAAAUUCAUGAAAAUGAUAAUGCAAGAAUCAAUUUCCUUAAAUAAUUACUGUUUAUAAGUUACAGCUAGACCCACAGAAAGUGGAUAUAUAUAGGCAAGAAACUGAAUGCUAUGCCGAUUCUUCUCCUUAAAUUUCUCAACUUCUCCCUAAAUUCUGUGGAGGGAGAAGUCACUUCUCCCUAAAAUUUUGACCUAGGCUGAUCCCUGGAUGGAGUGAAAUGUUAUAACUAUGGCUCUUUGUUUUAUGUCAGAAAAUAGUAAAGGUGAAUACAAGUAUCAAAAACAUAUAAAUUUAAAUUCUGAUUUUGUGUUUAAAAAAUGCAUAUCAGUGAGGUUUUUUUUUAUCAAAAGUUACUUUAACAAUUUUUUAACUAUUCAGAAUAAAUCUUUACCGAAAUUCAAUACAUGGGUGACUAAGAAACUAUAUGUUUUCCAUAAUUCCUCAGUUAAUGACAAUGAGGGUGAAAAAUAGUGAGUUUAGUACAUGUGUCCUCAAGUAUUGAAUUUGUCGUUUUUUUAAGUUGUAUUUAAAUUGUAUUUCUGUAAUGCUCAGUACGAUUUAACUUUUUAGCUCACCUGAGCACGAAGUGCUCAAAGGUGAGCUUUAGUGAUCACCCUGUGUCCGGCGUCCGUCGUCGUCCGUCGUCCGUCCGUCCGUCCGUCCGUCCGUCGUCAACAAUUUGACUGUUAACACUCUAGAGGUCACAUUUUUGGCCCAAUCUUAAUGAAACUUAGUCAGAAUGUUACCCUCGAUAAAAUCUUGGACGAGUUCGAUAUUGGGUCAUCUGGGGUCAAAAACUAGGUCACCAGGUCAAAUCAAAGGAAAAGCUUGUUAACACUCUAGAGGUCACAUUUUUGACCCAAUCUUAAUGAAACUUGGUCAGAAUGUUACCCUCAAUAAAAUCUUGGACGAGUUUGAUAUUGGAUCAUCUGGGGUCAAAAACUAGGUCAUCAGGUCAAAUCAAAGGAAAAGCUUGUUAACACUCUAGAGGUCACAUUUUUGGCCCAAUCUUAAUGAAACUUGGUCAGAAUGUUACCCUCAAUAAAAUCUUGGACGAGUUUGAUAUUGGGUCAUCUGGGGUCAAAAACUAGGUCAUCAGAUCAAAUCAAAGGAAAAGCUUGUUAACACUCUAGAGGUCACAUUUUUGGCCCAAUCUUAAUGAAACUUGGUCAGAAUGUUACCCUCAAUAAAAUCUUGGACGAAUUCGAUAUUGGGUCAUCUGGGGUCAAAAACUAGGUCACCAGGUCAAAUCAAAGGAAAAGCUUGUUAACACUCUAGAGGUCACAAUUUAGCUCAAUCUUCAUGAAACUUGACCAGAAUGUUAAUCUUGAUGAUCUUAAGGUCCAGUUUGAAUCUGGGUCAUGAAGGAUCAAAAACUAGGUCACCAGGUCAAAUCAAAGGAAAAGCUAGUUUACACUGUAGAGGCCACAUUUAUGACCAUAUCAUAAUGAAACUUGGUCAGAAUGUUAAUCUUGAUGAUCUUAAGGUCAAGUGAAAAUCUGGGUCAGGUGGGGUCAAAAACUAGGUCACUAGGUCAGAUCAAAGGAAAAGCUUGUUAACACUGUAGAGGCCAUAUUUAUGACUGUAUCUUCAUGAAACUUAGUCAGAAUGUUAAACUUGAUGAUCUUAAGGGCAGGUUUGAAUCUGGGUCAUGUCGAGUCAAAAACUAGGUCACCGGGUCAAAUCAAAGGAAAGCUAGUUAACACUUUAGAGGCCACAUUUAUGACCGUAUCUUAAUGAAACUUUGUCAGAAUGUUAAUCUUGAUGAUCUUUAGGUCAAGUUUAAAUCUGGGUCAGUUGGGGUCAAAAACUAGGUCACUAGGUCAUAUCAAAGGAAAACCUUGUUAACACUCUAGAGGCCACAUUUAUGACUGUAUAUUCAUGAAACUUAGUCAGAAUGUUAAACUUGAUGAUCUUUAGGUCAAGUUCGAAUCUGGGUCAUGUCGGGUCAAAAACUAGGUCACGGGGUCAAAUCAAAGGAAUGGCUAGUUAACACUUUAGAGGCCACAUUUAUGACCAUAUCUUAAUGAAACUUGGUCAGAAUGUUAAUCUUAAUGAUCUUUAGGUCUGUAGGUCAGGUGAGCGAUACAGGGCCUUCAUGGCCCUCUUGUUUAACUCUCUACUUUAUGUACACGUAUUGUUCUUGAUUACUUAAACCAAUACAUAUCUCAUUUAGAAACAUGCUAGCAGAUGUAAUAGAAUUUGGAAGUUGAUGAAAAUUUUGAAAUUAUAUAUGUGAAUUAGGUAUCUCUACAUUGCAUGCCAAUUUUUUUUGCAAAAAAAAAUACCGGUAGAGUGUACAGCGUUUAUCACUAUGUGAUUUAAUUGUUAUAGGAUUUGAAUAAAUUGUUGAAGAAUA